UUACACGGAUCAACCCAAGCCAAUAUACAGAAACCCGUAUACCCGGGCAUGAGCUUUCUCGUUAUGGAGGCUUUGAUUUCGUCUCUCAAUUUCGGGUCGGGUACGACCCAAGUCUUGUGCUUCUUAAAGGCCUCCUCAAACGCCUCGUUGAACCGUCUCAGAGACCCCUCAGCCUUCGCCUCCGCCAUUGAAUCUCUGGGGAGUGACGUACUGACUCACCUUGACCUCGUGAUUUGCCACCCAAUCGUCUCCCAGCACGACCCUCAGGUUCGAUGUACGGACCUUGAUCAGGAUGUACCGGAGGCUGUUGGCGAGGAAGAGAUACGACAGAGCCGCGUCGCUGUAGAGCCGAGAUUUGGUGUCAAUUUUGCAGAGCAAGACGAGUAUCAACCACGCGAGCCUCGCCGCCAUCGGAGAACCAUUUUUCCCGGGAUUUUCUUCGUUGUUGCUGCCGCCGCCGCUGCUAAACGAGGACUCCUUGUCCUUGAGAAUGGCGGUGAGCGAGUCGCUGUAGUCUGCGAGGAAAACGAUGAAGUUCAUGACGUACCUCGUGAGCGGAUGGACUCCGCCACCAGGAAUCGGCGAUUUCGAGGACUCUUUUGUAAUCGACGAUUGGAAUUCGAUCAUCAUAGAAUUCACGGAUUCGCCGAGUUUUUCCAGAGAUUCAGCCGCCUGCGUUCGGACGGAAGCGGUUGCAUCGUAGCUGAAGAUCUGCUCGAUUUUGGGAAUCAGGUGCAAGAUGGUCUGGUAAACGUCAAGCGUAGGGAAGAUUUUCUCUGCGGUUUUUCUGCAUUUGGCCACGGUUAUCGGGAAGACGAAGAGCGUAAUCUCCACGAAUGCAGACUCGGCGACGGAGACGGAGGAGGAGAAAAUGUGGUCGCAGAGGAUUCGUUCUCCGUUGAACAGAGUGAUUGCUACUCUGGCAACCCGCAGCCAACUUUUGAUCUUCUUUUCCAGAAUCUCCCAUUCCGGUUUCUGCAUCUGCGCGGAAGAGGAAACCAUGCAACUCGCUAUCAUCCUCAAAUCCACAAUAGCUUCAGCAUCUCCUCCUCUCUCGCUACCCAAUUCCGUCGAAGAUUCAGAAUCAAGCUCUCCUUCAGGGCUUCCACUUGUUCUCGUCGUUGUGAUGGAGUCGGAAGAUCCCGAAGACCAGCUGGAGACGGAUUCAGGAUCCAAGAAUCGCCGAUUAGAUUUCAAAACCCGAUAAAACUCCUUCUGCAAAUGCUUCAUAGCUGUCCGCAUCAAUUCCUGCGCUCGAGCAAGCUUAGCGGAGCCAGGAUUCACCAAGAUCACACUCUGAAUCGCCGUCUGCCUUCUCCGCGGUUGUCGGCGGCGAAAAGCGAAGAGAUGCUGCAGGAAGAAGAAGAAGAGUCGUGGGGAUGUGGAGAAACCCAUUGGCGUAUGAAAGCGUCGGCUGCUUCAACGCUGUCGCCGAUUAGAGACUCGGAGAAGCCCUCCUGUUGUGGGCGGAGCUUAGAGGAUUUUGAUAAGGUAGAAGGUUUCAAGAGCACCAUUGUUUCUUUCGUGAAGACAAUGGGGUCGUUCGGUGUGUGGGACUAUUAUUUAGAGAACAGUCUCGAGACCAUCUGUGAACUGGUGCGGCUGCUGCUGGUUCCCGGUGCCACCUGUAAAAGUCUUGACAAUGGCGUAUCCUCUCGCGUUCACAUACUUCCCUGUACCACCCAUGACCCCAAGAUGAGAUUCCGAUGCAGCCGUUCUAUGUACACCGAAGAAACUGAUGCUAUCUUCAUAACCACCACUCUCAAACAUAGCCGUGAAAGCCAUAGUCUGGCUGGUUCCAUCCACCGCGCUUGCCACAGACGAACCCGAUGGGAGUUGACCACCAUUAGCCACGGGGAGACCAUUCAAGAGGUUGUUUCCGUUGUUCUGAAGAAUCCCGACGAGAAGUGGAACGUUGUUGUUGUUGAGGAUUCCGUUGUUGUUACUGUUCGUUGGAACGCCGUUACUGACAGGGAGGUUUGCGCCAUUGGGCUUGGCGAAUGGAAGUUGGCCACUGAGAGCUGCGUUUGCAACGACCCCAGAGCUGAACCACCAAUCGCUGACCCUGCACCUGCGCCCAGACCGGUGGCUGUGGCACCUGAACCAACAGUAGGCAAAGGCCCUGAACCAGCAGCAGGCAAAGGACCCGAACUAGCGAGCGGAAAGGGACCAGAACCUGUGGUUGGUAGGGGACCGGGACCCGGAAUAGUAGCAAGCGGUAAAGGACUAGAACCAGUGGUUGGUAGAGGUCCGGAGCCUGUAAUAGUAGUCAAGGAACCUGAACCGCCUGAGGCUAUACCUGUACCUGAAGUGAUACCAGUUGCAGGACCUGAACUAGCAGUGGGGAAGGUGCCUGAACCAGCCGUUGGUAAAAGACCAGGACUUGUGGUAGGCAAAGGGACUAACCCAGUAUCUUCUUCUUCAACAAGAAGCCGAGCAGAUGAGACAUAA